AUGGGCCCCUGUACCGCCUCCUCAUGCUGCUGCCAGGCCCGUAAUCUGCCAUGGGCCCCUGUACCGCCUCCUCAUGCUGCUGCCAGGCCCGUAAUCUGCCAUGGGCCCCUGUACCGCCUCCUCAUGCUGCUGCCAGGUCCAGAGUCUCUCAUGGGUCCCUGUACGGCCUCCCAUUGCUGCUGUCUCCAUCGCCACACUCUGCCAUGUGCCACUUUCAGGUCUCCUCACACUGCUGGUGUGUUCCAUUUUUUGUCAUAGGGUGCUGGCAGAUUACGGGCCUCCCAUUGCUGCUGCCAGGCCCGUAAUCUGCCAUGGGCCCCUGUACCGACUCCUCAUGCUGCUGCCAGGUCCAGAGUCUCUCAUGGGUCCAUGUACGGCCUCCCAUUGCUGCUGUCUCCAUCGCCACACUCUGCCAUGUGCCACUUUCAGGUCUCCUCACACUGCUGGUGUGUUCCAUUUUUUGUCAUAGGGUGCUG